AUGGUGUUGAACAGAGAGCUGGUGAACCCAGCCAGUAUGAAGCAGGCUCUGAUUGCCUCAGCACGGAGGCUCUCUGGAGUCAACAUGUUUGAACAGGGCCACAGAAAACUGGACCUUAUCAGAGCCUACCAGAUCCUCAACCGCUACAAACCCCAGUCUCAGUGUCCCUACAUGUGGCCUUACUGCUCCCAGCCCAUCUACUACGGUGGCAUGCCCACCAUCGUCAACGUCACCAUCCUCAAUGGCAUGGGUGUGACGGGGAGGAUUUUGGACAAGCCCAUCUGGCAGCCUUACCUACCACAGAAUGGUGACCACAUUGAUGUGGCAGUCUCCUAUUUGCCAGUCCUCUGGCCCUGGGCUGGAGCCCUGGCAGACUCCAUCUCUGUCGCCAAGAAAUCUGCAUCAUGGGAGGGGAUUGCCCAGGGUCAUGUGAUGGUGACUGUGUCUUCGCCUGUUGGGAAUAAUUCUGAGGUGGAUGGGGAGAUGACCUCUAUGGUUAAAUUGCCAGUUAAGGUGAAGAUAGAGCCCACUCCUCCUCGUAGUAAGAGGGUUCUGUGGGACCAGUACCAUAACCUGCGCAUGAAGAAUGACCCACUGUACUGGGACAUUGAUGGUGGACAGUGAAGAGGAGUACUUUCCAGAGGAGAUAACCAAGCUUCGGCAAGACAUUGAUUGUCUUUCAUCAAGGGACUGUCUCUCGGCUUCAGUGACUGGUACAACAUUUCUGUCACAAGGAAAGUCAAGUUCUACGAUGAAAACACCAGUAACCUAUGGAAGCACCAGAAGCUGCUAUCUAUUGACAUGGACAAAGUGGUGCUGCCCAACAGACCUCAGGAACUACAGACCUCAGGUCUGGCCUCUGUCUCCUGGGGAGAGUGGAGCCUGGGACAUCCCUGGAGGUAUAAUGCCAGGACGCUACAACUAGGAAGUGGGCCAGACUAUCCCCAUGUUUGCCUUCCUGGGAGCCAUGGUUGUGCUGUCCUUCUUUGUGGUGCAGCUCACCAAAUCCAAAAGCAAGCCCAAACGACGGAAACCCAGAGUCAAACGUCCAACUUACUUUCAGCAGCAGCAGCAACAACAACAACUGGCACCAACAGGCAAGAACCCCACAGUGUGAGGCUGCCUUCCCAACCACCACAGACUAUUAAGCCAAAGUACACAAGGCCCUGAACUCUGUAAGACUAUGCUGAGAUGUUGAGACCGUGUGUGCUUCUGCCUUUGAGUUGGGACUGUUGGAGAAGAUUCAUAGGCAGGUUGUUUGACUUUGAAAUAUGCAGCCUACAAACCCAGUCAAUGUUUUCCACAGGAUCUUGCCUCCACUCUUCAAAGGGGCUUUUCUUUCCACUGACCAAAUGGAGUUUGUUUGAAAUGUCUGUCCACUUUUUGUAUUUAUUGAAUCUGCAUCGUCCCCAGAUUGGCCUCAUCUUCCCUGUGUUCUUUUAAAGUCAGAUUAAUUGGGCAAUUGAUGUACUGAUAUCCUUAUUAAGUACUUCAUGUUCAUGCGAUUAUGGGUUGCUUAAUUGGUUGUCUUGUUUGUUUUUAUAUUUUGUAUAAUGAGCUCCGGUGAGGCAUUCUAAUACCCAUCAUGAUUUAACUGUUAAUGGAGUAGCAUUGGCAAACUUUUCAAAUUAAUUAUGAAGUGUAAGCCUUGGUUCCCUUGUUUAUUUUUGUAAUGUUU